CAACAUAGAUUCCUUUCUCAUAGUUUUUCGAACAUUUGAAACUGCAUCAUCCCAACGGUCGGUCUGAUCCUCUUUUAUCUUCAAACGCAGAAACUAUCAAUUUCUCUGAAUUGGCAAUGGCAAAUUCAAAUCUAUGCACUCCAACAAAACAUUCGUCCGAUAAUUCGAUCUCAAUGGUUCGGGUAAUAGCUAGGGUUCGUCCGUUCUUGCCUCAGGAUGGUUCCAAGGAGUCCCUACCUUGUAUAUCGUCUCUUGAUUCUUCUGGAUCGGAAGUUACUGUGCAUCUCAAAGAUCCCUACUCUUGUCGUAAUGAAAACUACAAGCUAGAUUCGUUUUACGGGCAAGAAGAUAAGAAUGUGAGGGAGAUCUUUGAAAGAGAGGUGAUGCCUUUGAUUCCUGCGGUUGUAAAUGGAUCUAAUGCAACUGUCUUUGCUUAUGGAGCUACUGGUAGUGGAAAAACUUUUAUAAUGCAGGGAAAUGAUGAGGUGGCAGGUGUUAUGCCAAUGGCGACAGCAAGUAUUUUGUCCAUGUGUGAGAAGAUGGGUGGGAAAAGUGUGGAAGUUUCAUACUAUGAGAUCUACAACGAGCGGUGUUAUGAUCUGUUGGAAGUCAAAGCAAAGGAAAUUGCCAUUCUGGAUGAUAAAGAUGGACGCCCUCAUCUGAUUGGACUUUCCAAAAUCCCAAUCAGUUCAAUGCUUGAUUUUCAGGAGACGCUCUCUUGCGGAUUGCAGAGGCGAAAAGUUGCAAGCACGGGUCUUAAUGAUGUCUCUAGUAGAAGCCAUGGGAUACUAGUCAUUUCUGUUUCAAAUGGUCAUGUAAUCGGGAAACUCAACCUCAUUGACUUAGCAGGUUUCCUCUCGCUGUAUGCGCAUUUGAUGAACUGUAUACAUACAAUCUGUGAAUACAAUCAUUGUAUGUUACAUAUUUUUAUUUUGUAUAUGUUCCCACCAGGAAAUGAAGAUAAUAAGAAGAGUGGCAAUGAAGGCGUUCGACUUCAUGAGAGUGCAAAGAUCAAUCAAUCACUGUUUGCACUUUCACAAGUUAUUUACGCACUCAACAACAACACCUCUCGAAUUCCCUACAGAGACAGCAAGCUGACGAGGAUUCUGCAGGAUUCUCUAGGGGGGACAAGUCACGCUGUCAUGGUAGCUUGUCUGAAUCCAGGAGAGUAUGAACAAUCUGUUCGUACAGUUAGUUUGGCAGCAAGGUCCCGCCGUGUCUCUAAUUUUGUACACUCCGCCUCAAAGCACACUCCAAAGCUUCAAGUUGACAUGGAAGCAAGGCUUCGGACAUGGCUUGAGUCUAAAGGCAAGGCAAAAAAACAGGAUCCAUCAACUCCUCGAUCUGUAAACAGGCUUAAUACAAUCAAAACCUCUGGAAAACGGAUGCCAAUUCACACACUGUCAGAACAACGGGUAAAGAAAGUUGAGACAGAGACUACACCUAUGUGCAUGAGGAAAGUUCUAUACCCCAUCAACACCAAUGUGAAUGUGAACUCUCCCAAACAGCACUCGGUUGCAGCAGAUGAUAACACCAACACUCCACUUAACAAAUUGAAAGCAAUGAGUUGUAAUUUGAAGAGCACACUUGCCCAAGAAUACAUCAACUUCUUAAACACAGCUGGCAAGGUGGAGCUGCUGCAGCUGAAGGGCAUUGGGGAAAAGAUGGCUGACUACAUACUUGAGCUUAGAGAUGAGACCCCCUUGAAAUCACUCAAUGAUUUGGAGAAGAUAGGCCUUUCGUCCAAGCAGGUUGCUAUCAUGUUUGGAAGAACAGCCAAAGGGUUGUUUGACUAAAUGAAAAUAACAUGCAUGCUGCAAGGGAUAACUACGAACGUUGUAAGAUGACUAUAAUUGAGUGAUUUGUGGGAUCUCUAGUUAAUCUCAAAUGUGCGUUUGAGAGUUAGUUAGUUAAUGAUUCUUUUAGUUGCGUUGUUAAGUUACUUGAGUCGAUUAGUGAAUAUGUAGUUUUAAGACACAUAUCUUUUGUGAAAACCAUCAAACAAUCAAUGUGCUGCUUGAUCGAUCUGUACUAUACAAGCUUGCUGCCACAUUUUGUUUCAUGUUUAAUGAAGAACCUAGAUUGCUUUUAAA